CCGUAAGAGGACGCUCUAUUUCGUAGCACAAUUUUUGUCAGAAGUAUUCUGUGUAAUUUUGAAAAAUUGUUUCUCGACAUGUUAAGCUACAGUUAUUUAUACAGUUAUACUUUAACUUAGAGAAAUGAAAAGAAUAUAAUGAAGAAUGGCACUACUAUUUCCUGGUCACUAUGGAACCACAUUCAGUUUUUAUGUUGAUGGUUGCUGGACAGAUUGAGAGUGCAGAGUUUCCAGACUUUGAUGAUAUUUAUUGCAAGUUUUGUUUUGUUCAUGGACAAGAUUGGGUUGUGACAUGUGGAAUAGAGGAAGGAAUUUCUCAAGUUACAAAAAAGAGUCAAGAUGAAAGGCAACUAUUUGUUUGGAAUUUUCCAUUAGAUAUUACUUUUAAAAGUACAAAUCCAUUUGGAUGGCCACAGAUUGUAAUAUCAGUUUAUGGUCCUGAUAUAUUUGGAAAUGAUGUUGUCAGAGGCUAUGGAGCUGUUCACGUGCCUUUAAUCCCAGGACAGCAUCAUAGGCGUAUUCCAAUGUUUGUACCAGAAUCAUCAUCAUUUCUACAAAAAUUUACUAGCUGGCUGAUUGGCAGGCAUCCAGAGUUUGUUAAUCCAAGAGUUGUUGCACAAGGCGAGGGAAGAGAUGUUACUCGAGUUCGAUCACAAGGUUAUGUCAAUGUGACCUUCAAUAUAAUAACGAAAGAUAUGAAGAAACUGGGCUACAAUGUGGGAUCACCAAAACAAGUGGCUGGAAGUGGCUGGACCAAUAGUUAAUGUUUUGUGAUAGACACAAAACUACUGUUUAUUGCAAAAAGACUUUUACUAAAGAAAAUUAUCAUCAACAUUGAAGCUAACCAUCCAUGUUGUAUUUCACUGUAAGAAAUAGAAUGUUUUCUUCAUGAUCACAUAAUUUUUUAUAAACCUGGUUUCAGAGUGUUUGGGUUAAUCAGAAUAAAGACAAAAAUGGACAUUACAAUAUAACUACAGAGACAGAUAGAACUCUGUGGAAAUGUAUUUGUACAUUUCAAGGUUCAUAAAACCUUUAACUGAAUUCCUAGAUAGUGAUGAUACUUAAUGCAUCCUGCUUUACUGGGAAAUGUCAACAAGCACACCUGAGAAAAAAAAAAGGGAAAAAUAAGUUUUCUAUUUUAAGAAAGCUUGAAUUACUGUGUUUCAUGAAUUGGAAUUUGUUGAAUAAUCAACACUAACACAUAAACUUAGAACUGUGUACGUUAAGCACAACUCACAGAACGAAUUUCUUUUCUCAGGUGUCUGAUUCAAUCAAAAAUUGUUAUGUUGCAACUUCAACUCUUGUACAAAUAACUUCAAACCAAAAAUUGAUAUCCUUGGAUUAUGCAGAUUUGAGUUAAUGUGUUAUUUACAAUAAUUUGAAACAUCAGUUUAUCUCAAUUGUACGUAAUGUUUAAAAAAUAGAAACAUAA